AUGUGCUUUUUCGAUACUGUAUUUGGGUUCGAAGAGUCUAUUGAGAAAGUUUAUUCAAAUAUUGAUAUUUCCAAGGAUAGUACAGGGAAUAUUUUCAUGCACAAUAAAAUUUUAAAUGAAACUUAUUCCGCUGGUAAGUUCGAAGUUGUUGGAAUUAAUGAUAUUCCAAAACAUGAAGAUAGAAACAAUGGAACUCUUAAUAUCAUUGUUGGAGGUCGCACAAAGCCGAAUGAAUUAUCUCCAGUUGAUUCCCUUGCAUCACAAUCAAUUCCAGAAAACGAUGGAGCAACAUUUUUAGCUGCAUCUAAUUUCAAUUGUCUUGAAUUCGUAAGCGAAUACCAAUCUGCCAGUGAGGGAAUCUCAAGUUAUGAAGAUGAUAUAACACAAGGACCUUACUGUGCUAUUGCAUAUGCACCAGGUGCUCUCUAUAGGAACUACUUUGUUGAAAUCAAUGGUAAACGAGGCCAAUUAGAAAAUGUUAUAAACAUGUUAGAUGAAACACCAUUAUGCGUUCGAGGAGAUUAUCCGAGUAUUGACAAAAAAGAAGCAAUAUCUUUAAACGAGUCAGGUUUUGAUUGGAAUAACUUGAGCCAUUACAAGAUCGGUUCACAUAGUAAUCUUACUGUCACAACUUCAAAACUUAAUGGAAAAAUAAUUAAGACAGAUAUGAAGCAAAUUACUCACCAUGUUUAUGCAGCAGCACUUAAUUUUCAUGGAAAUGUAGUUAAGACACCAUUCACUACAGAAAUAUCUGAAUAUCUUUUGGAAGCUGAGUAUAAGGCAACAAUCCUUCAAGCUUGGGAUAAUUCGAUCAGAUAUCCAGGAAGGAAAGGAUCAAACAAACUUUAUUUGACAUUACUUGGCGGUGGAGUUUUCGGAAAUCCGAUGGAUCUUAUUUGCGGAGCAAUCACCAAAAAUAUUGAUCUCAUCAAAAGAUCUGGCUUGGAAGUAUAUGUUUUAUGUUUUUCACCUUCAAUAUAUAAUAAGGUAAAUCCAUUCCUUGCCGAGUCUGUUAAAGAAACAAACGGAAAAGUUGUUGGAUUAUAA